CAUUUUUACCUCCCGCAAGAACAACUCUUUGUCAGACUAGCGGCUGCAGCCAUGGUUCUCAAGACUGAGUUAUGCCGCUUCAGUGGGGCCAAGAUAUACCCUGGUAAGGGUAUAAGAUUUGUUCGCUCAGAUUCUCAGGUCUUCCUCUUUGCCAACUCCAAAUGCAAGAGGUAUUUCCACAACCGUCUGAAGCCAUCCAAGCUUACCUGGACAGCAAUGUACAGAAAGCAACAUAAGAAGGACAUUGCUGCAGAAGCUGUUAAGAAGAGGCGUCGCACCACAAAAAAGCCCUACUCAAGGUCCAUUGUUGGUGCUACACUAGAGGUCAUUCAGAAGAGAAGAACUGAGAAACCUGAAGUUCGAGAUGCUGCAAGGGAAGCUGCUCUACGUGAAAUUAAAGAGAGGAUUAAGAAAACUAAGGAUGAAAAGAAGGCUAAAAAGGCUGAGCUAAUGUCCAAGCAACAAAAGACUCAAAGUAAGGGCAAUGUGCCCAAGAGUGCUGCAACAAAAGGCCCCAAGCUUGGUGGUGGUGGUGGAAAGCGCUGAAACCUUUUUACUCUUGGUGUAAUAGAAGUUCUCAGCAGUUUUGUAGUAUUUGAUAUUGAUAUUGGUUGCCCUGGGUUUUUUGUUGACUUACACUGAGCAAAUUUAUUCUUUCAUGUUUUAUGAUUGUGGGUUCAAAUGGAGAAAUGAAAGGGAUUGUGGAUCCAUAUGGAUCUUAUGUAUUUUAUUUGAUGUCCUAAACAAGUAGUUUUGUUACCUAAUUGUGGCAUUGUUUAGAAAGCUGGAAAAGCAUUUGCUUCUUCAUGCAUGCGAGUUGUGUGGUCCUGAGCUCAUGAAAUGCCGUACUAUAGCAUUGAAGAAUCUUCAAUUCGUAGUGUAUAUUAUAGCUCCUAAUUCCUUGUUCUCCGCGCUAUCUCAAAUAAAUUAUUUAGUUACCUUGUAGGGUUGAUUACUUCCGCCUGUAAGUUGUUGCAGAGUUGGGGUAGUUUAGAAGAAAUUUUCGCAUUACUUAUCGAUGAACC